CGUAGACGUAAGGUCGCAGUGCCGCUGGUCCUGCACAUGCUCUGCGAUGCGGAAAACCAGCAGGUGGAGCCCGCCGGGGACGUGGAGACCAAACAGUGCCUCGCGGAGCGGAAGGUGCAGGCCUUCGCUCACCGCAUGAACGGAGGCUAUAAGACCAAGAAGGCCCGGGAGUUCCAGAAUGCAUGAGUCGAUCUUAUAAAUAGUUACGUUUGACGAUAAUAUUUUCGUCCGGGCGCGACUGCACGACGGGAAUAGCUUCUCCGUCCUUCGUACGAACGUGGCGCCGUAGCGAGUACUUACAUGCAUCCUCGUAAGCUCCUCGAGGCUAAUGUUGUGGAGGACGUGUUGAGAAGGCGUACGCAUCGGUGCUUCUAUUGUUGCAGGUGUAUCAAACGCGCACGGCGGGACCUACUUGCAGCAAUUUUGCCAAGAUCUUCGCCGCAGGCCACCCACCAUCUAUCACGCAGCGUGGGUUCUCACAGCUUCCUUUUUGUGCCCGUGCUGUUCCUUGUGUAGAUUGUGGUACUACCUGUUCGAGUUCGCCACGGGCCAGUUCCGCUUGGCCGAACCCAUCCUGCGCGUCCCGAAGAAGGACUUCAUAAAGAAGAGCAUCGUCACCCACAUCGCGCCGUUCGCAGGCAAGUUUUUCCCACACGGCCGUAUUUUGUUUGUCGUAUCCUCAAUACAGCUCAUUCAGCGUUCAGGCUAGAUCAAUACAAAAGGAAGGAUAGGGAUGCCCCCGAUCCGUCCAAUUCGAAUCCCUGUCCUCAAAGAGACCGUCAUAUUCGCAUGAAUCUUGACUUCUCCUGAUCGUGGCGUUUAUCGCGUUCGCUUGUCUUCGAAUGAACGAACGCAGGCGGCAAGACCGACCUCUCUGGCUCCGAGGUCUCGAACAAGGGCGACGAGGAUAUGCUGGUUCGCGAGACGCCCUUCGACCGCCCCGACGAUGUUAUCGUCGAGGCUAGCGACCUGGAUGAUUUCCUCAACAACAUGUCGCCCUGAAUUUCGUCUGCGCUAAACCCGGCAGCCUCUGUCUCCUCCCAAGUAUACCUGACAAGUUUUGGGGUGAGUUUCGAAGGGGGGAGACUUCAACCUCGAAGUUGCUGCUGGUAUUUCUUUGCGCGGAGUUAAUGUGUUGGCUCUGACACAGCGUCGCUGCUCGGUUGUCUCAUGUCCCCCACGGGGUUGAUGCAGUUAAGACAUCCACGCCCUGUCGCGCGGGAUGGUAUCAUCCUGGACACCCGACCUCACCUCUGCGCUUUUUUUGUAUCUGUAUUUAGGAUGCGUCGGAGCUGCAUUGAGCUGUAUACACCGGCUGCGUAUCACGUCGCGCAACGGGGACCUGCGCGACGUUCGCGGUGACGGUGUAUGAUGCAUGUUGCUCAGGAUGUCGGUUGUUGCGUAGUCGCCUUGCGGGUCAACAAGGCAGAGAUUUCUUUUCUUUUCUUUUUUCUGUGUGAU